CUGUCAAGUAACAAUAUUUUACAUUUUAAUGUUAAAAUAAUAGUAAUAAAAAUUUAUAUGAAAAUAAAUAAUAAGUAUGGAUAAUAGAAGUCACAACUUAACAUUUGAUUUGAAUGGAGUAACUUUUUACCGUGGAAAAUAUAUUUAACGGUUAUUUGUAUAUUUAAAUAUAGUUAAUAUAUCCUUGAUUAAAGAUUAUUAUUCAGAUAAGAUGGCAUUACCUAGAGCGCAGCCUGCAGAAAUAUUACGAGCUUGGCAAAAGGACGACCUGUAUGAACAGAAACUAGCUGGAUCGUUAGCAAAAUUUGUAUCGCCACAGUAUGUUUCCAAAACAGUACCAGUGUCGUCUUUGCUGUACAAAUCAUUGACAACAUUACAGGAUCUUCAAACUUUGGGUGAAGAGUAUUCUGGUAUAGUUCAAGUUGAUGACACAUUCCAUAGACUGCCAUCGUUUUUUAGUCGUCUAUUAAGUAUAAUUCUAUCCACAUUUGGUGAAGAUAUAACUAAGAGACUAUUGAAAAAUGCUGAAGAUAAAGUUGUAAGAAGUGCUACACUAAAACCAGAGGCACAGAAUUUUUUUUUAAUAAUGCUCAAGGCAAUGGGUAAUAUUACAUCUAAAAUCACAAGUAUCCAUAGAGCUCUAUCUUACAUCAGUGGAGGUCCAAUACAAAUUGGAAAAACCCUAAUGGGAAUUGACUAUGUGCAUGUUAGGCCUGCUGUGGCUUAUCAUGCUCAUUUGAGAUUAUUGGGCUUUGUAACACUUGUCCAUGCAUUUUUGAGCUGUGGCCAUAGUAUUUAUCAAGCUAAAAAACAUUUUGAACAAAUGUCUGAUUUUCCUAAUGAAGUGGAUAGCAGUAAAUCAUGUGUUGCUUGUUUAGAAGAGAUAGUUAAUCCCUGUGUGUUACAAUGUGGUCAUUUUUUCUGUAUGCAGUGCUGCUAUGGGCCAUUAGAAAUCUGUGCUCUUUGUCGGACACCAUUUACAAAGAACACUGUUGUACCACUUAUGAAUUUUGCACCCGGUGUACAUUAGUGUAAUUUAAGACAUAUCUUUAAGUCUUGGGAAAUGGAUUAAUGAAAGUUUUGUUGUGUACUAGGUGGUAUUUUAACCUCGCAAAACUGUGCACCUUGCAUUAUAGUAUGUAAACUUUUAUCAGAAGAAUAUCUGUAAAGUGUACUAUUACGUGUCACAUAGUGUGAAAUUUUUGGUGUUAGAAGUAUUAUUUUUUGAAAUUAUUUAUUUACAGAAUGACAUUGAAUAGAAAAACAAACUAUUCAUAAUCAUUUUUAUUAAACAUAUUACGGUAAAAAUAAUUAACAAUAAAGAAAAUACCAAAGUAAAUCAUAGUAAUUAAGAGAUUCAAUAUAUUUGUACAAAAUAACAGGUAAAGAAGAUUUUUAUUCUGUAAAGUACCAUUUUUAAGGUAUAGACACUUUUUAUUUUUUGAAAAAACAAAACCAUUUUAACUCUUUAAUAAAUGUUAUGUGUAUUCUUUUAUUUUACUUUUUACAAUAAACUGCCAAGUAGCACUCUUCAUGGUGGCCUAUAACUUAAAGUAAAUUAUGUUAAUUAUUAAGCAUAUGUAUUAAUAUUGUAAUAUAUAACAUUAAAUAAGCAAAAAUUCGCUCACAACACAAAUAUAUUAGUCUACCUUUUACCUUAGUGUACAAAAAUUUUCUGUGUGAUCAAAAAUUACAGAUCACAAUUUGAAUGGUAUAAUGUUGUCUACAAAAUGCUGCAACAUUUUAAGAAACAAUACUGGAAUUACAGAUAUGUUAACAUAA